AUGGUGCCUGUCCCUUUCAAUGUUCCUGUUACCUUCCCUGACUGCGGUGUUUGUGAUUGGAGAGAAACCAUUUCACAUAUCUCCUUAGCAAGGUGCCAAAGAACCAAUGGCUUGGAACAAGCCUUGGCCCAAGCUCAUCUCCAUCAGACAAGAAAUCAAAGCCAACGGGAUGGUCAGGAAGAGAAUAGAGCCUGUGAAGCAAAUAAGCUCAAGUGCCUCCAGCACCCAGGAGAGCGGACACGGCCCUCCCCAGCCAAGGCCUCGUUGCUGAAGGUGGAUCAGGAAGUGAAGCUCAAGGUUGAUUCUUUCAGGGAGCGGAUCACAAGUGAGGCAGAAGACUUGGUGGAAUUUUUUUUCCCAAAGAAGUUACUAGAACUUGAUAGUUUUUUGAAGGAACCAAUCCUAAAUAUCCAUGACCUAACUCAGAUCCACUCAGACAUGAAUCUCCCAGUCCCUGACCCCAUUCUCCUCACCAAUGGCCACGAUGGACUGGAUGGUCCCACUUACAAGAAGCGCAGGUUGGUAUGUGAAGAGGCCCUCCAAGGAACCAAAAUGUUUGUGAUGCCCAACGGGAUGUUGCAAAGCAACCAGCAGCUGGUGGACAUUAUUGAGAAAGUAAAACCUGAGAUUCGGCUGCUGAUCGAGAAAUGUAACACGGUCAAAAUGUGGGUACAGCUCUUGAUUCCCAGAAUAGAAGAUGGGAACAACUUCGGGGUAUCUAUUCAGGAGGAGACAGUUGCAGAACUAAGAACUGUCGAGAGUGAAGCUGCAUCUUAUCUUGACCAGAUUUCUAGAUACUAUAUUACAAGAGCCAAAUUGGUUUCUAACAUAGCUAAAUAUCCCCAUGUGGAGGACUAUCGCCACACUGUCACAGAGAUUGACGAGAAAGAAUAUAUCAGCCUCUGUCUCACCAUUUCAGAACUAAGGAAUCAGUAUGUCACUCUACAUGACAUGUUCCUGAAGAAUAUUGAGAAAAUCAAAUGGCCCUGGAGCAACAAUGCAGAGACACUGUACUGA